AUGGAUACAAAUAAUAAUUUCUAUAUAAAUAAUAAUGAUUUAGAUAUAGAUGAUGAUGAUAAUAAUCAUAAUAAUAGUAUAUUGAAUAGUAGUAGUAACAAUCAUAAUCGUAAUAUAGAAUCAGAUUCGAUUGAAGAAUCAAAUACAACACCACAACAUAAAUCAUUUUUAAAAUUACAUCGAUUGAAUCAAGGUGUAUCUUAUAAGAAUAUAGUUGGAAGCUAUAUCGCUUCAUUUCUUACACAACCCAUUAUUUUAACAAACUCUUUAAACAUACCCGACGAUAAACAAGUAGUACUUUGUACAUCCCAUUUCUGGGGUUUGUUGAGUGAUAAAGUUGGAAGAAGAAUUGUAUAUGUGCUUUCGAUGCUGAUUAUGUCGGUGGGACUUGGCAUCUACCCGUUUGCCAAUCAUAUUUAUGUGUUGAUGAUUUUCCGUGCUGUUUUUGCGGUGGGUGCAGCUGCUGCCUCGUCGAUGUUGAGUGCAGUGCUCGCCGACUAUGUUUUGUUUGACGAUCGUGGAAAGGCGAGUGGACUGCUCGGUCUGUGUGCCGGUGGCGGUGCUGUGCUCGGCUCGCUCGUCCUCCUCAAGAUACCAAAUCUGAUAGACCAGCACUCGAGCGUGGGGAUCACGAUGUCCGCGCAACUCACCUACUGUCUGACAGCGGGUCUGGCGCUGGCUGGCGCCAUCUACUUGUGGUUCUCGCUGCAGCGUCGCGACGAAGCCAAAAUACAUCAGGAACACUCGAGCGUCUUGAAAAUCGCAAAGGAGGGACUGAUCGCCGGAAAGAAUCCGGUGCUCUCGCUCUCCUAUUUGUCUGGAUUCUUGGCAAGAGGUGACUCGGCGUUGGCUACGACGUUCCUAUCGCUCUGGAUCUAUCAAUAUUCACUGGCGCACAACGGUGGAAACAAAACCGAUGCACUCUCAAAGAGUGGAACUAUCACUGGUAUCGCGCAGACCUUUGGAUUGUUUUUCGCGCCGGUCGCAGGAUUUCUCUGUGACAAGAUGAAUCGUCUGCUGGCGACCGUAACCAUUGCGCUGCUUGGAUGUCUCGGUUAUUUCUUGAUUGCUUUCAGUAGCGAUCCACUCUCGAUGACGUUCAUUGUGAGCACUUGUAUCAUCGGAUGUGCAGAGACUGGAAUGGUUGUUUCGUCGACGGCGUUGGUCGCCCAAGAGGCGCCAAAAGAGUGUCGUGGAAGCGUUGGUGGAUUCUUUUCUUUUUGCGGAGCGAUCGAUUUAGAUAUUAUUUGUUUCGUCACUUUAGUUUAUACUUCACUAUUUUAA